AUGGAGAGCGCUUUCGCCUCGCCCACCGACAAGGUCCUCUCUACCCUGGGAGUGAACCCCAACACCGGUCUUAGUGACGAGCAAGUCAUUGCUUCGAGAACGAAGCACGGCAAGAAUGUCAUCCCCGAAGAACCCCCCACGCCCAUCUGGGAGCUUAUCCUCGAGCAGUUCAAGGACCAGCUCGUGAUAAUUCUUCUCGGCUCAGCCGCCGUGUCCUUUGUGCUCGCUCUGUUCGACCAGGAGGAAGGCUGGAGCGCCUUCGUCGACCCAGCAGUGAUCCUGACCAUUCUGAUCCUCAACGCCGUCGUUGGCGUCUCACAAGAGAGCAGCGCCGAGAAAGCCAUCGCCGCCCUUCAGGAGUACUCCGCCAACGAGGCCAACGUCAUUCGCAAUGGCCAAGUCUCACGCGUCAAGGCCGAGGAUCUCGUCCCCGGCGACAUCGUUUCCGUCCACAUUGGUGACCGCAUUCCUGCCGACUGCAGACUCGUCGCUAUCGAAAGCAACAGCUUCGCCGUCGAUCAGGCUAUUCUGACUGGAGAGAGUGAGAGUGUUGGCAAGGACCACACCUUCGUCGUCAAGGAUGAGAAGGCUGUCUUGCAGGACCAGGUCAACAUGCUGUUCUCCGGAACAACUGUUGUCACUGGUCGUGCUAAGGCUGUCGUCGUCUUGACCGGAUCUCAGACUGCCAUUGGUGACAUUCACGAGAGCAUCACUGCUCAGAUCUCCGAGCCCACUCCUCUCAAGCAGAAGCUGAACGACUUCGGCGACAGCCUCGCCAAGGUCAUCACGGUCAUUUGCAUCCUGGUCUGGCUUAUCAACAUCCCGCACUUCAGCGACCCCAGCCACGGAAGCUUCACCAAGGGCGCUAUCUACUACCUCAAGAUCGCUGUUUCUCUUGGUGUUGCUGCUAUUCCCGAAGGUCUUGCUGUCGUCAUCACCACCUGCUUGGCUCUUGGUACUCGCAAGAUGGCUGCAAAGAACGCCGUUGUCAGAAGUCUGCCGUCAGUUGAGACAUUGGGAAGCUGCAGUGUUAUCUGCUCCGACAAGACCGGCACCCUUACUACCAACCAGAUGAGUGUGAGCAAGGUUGUCUACCUCAACGAGGCUGGCAACGACCUGGUCGAGCUUGAUGUUGAGGGUACGACUUUUGCGCCCAAGGGUGCCAUUAGUUUCAACGGCGAGCAGGUCAACGAUCUCACUCGUUCGUCUGCUACUAUUCGCCAGAUGACCGAGGUCGCGGCCGUCUGCAACGACUCCAAGCUCGCAUAUGACGCCAGAAGCGGUUCCUACUCCAACAUCGGCGAGCCUACCGAAGGCGCUCUUCGGGUUCUGGUUGAGAAGAUCGGACCCUGUGCGCCCUCGAACAGCAACCCCGAAGAAUGUGUCCACUACGCCAGCUCCAAGUACGAGAAGGAUCUCCCGCGCCUGGCCACCUACGAGUUCUCGAGAGAUCGCAAGAGCAUGUCCGUCCUGGUCCAAAACGGUUCUGAUAAGAAGCUUCUUGUCAAGGGCGCCCCUGAGUCCAUCAUUGAGAGGUGCACGCAUGCUCUGGUUGGCGCGAACGGAAAGCGUCAGCCCCUGGACCGCAAGCUUUCAGAUCUGAUCUCUAAGGAGGUUGUGGAUUAUGGUAACCGCGGCCUCCGCGUCAUUGCCCUCGCCAGCGUCGAAAACGUCGGCAACAACCCUCUGUUGAAGUCCGCCAAGUCCACUGCGCAAUACGCCCAACUCGAGCAAAACUUGACUUUCCUUGGUCUUGUCGGCAUGCUGGAUCCCCCUCGUCCCGAAGUCGCUGCUUCUAUCCGCCAAUGCAAAGACGCCGGUAUCCGUGUCAUCGUCAUCACUGGAGACAACCGCAACACUGCUGAAAGUAUCUGCCGCCAGAUCGGCGUUUUUGGCGAGUACGAGGAUCUCAAGGGCAAGAGCUACACUGGCAGAGAAUUCGAGAACCUCAGCGAGAGCGAGGCUAUCGAGGCUGCCCGCACCGCUUCCCUGUUCUCCCGUGUCGAGCCUAGCCACAAGUUCAAGUUGGUCGACCUGCUUCAGCAGCAGGGAGAGGUUGUUGCUAUGACUGGCGAUGGUGUCAACGACGCGCCUGCCCUGAAGAAGGCUGAUAUUGGUGUUGCCAUGGGUUCCGGUACCGAUGUUUCCAAGCUCGCCGCCGACAUGGUGCUCGCUGAUGAUAACUUCGCCACUAUUGAGGCCGCCAUUGAGGAGGGCCGCUCCAUUUACAACAACACUCAACAGUUCAUUCGCUACCUCAUCUCCUCCAACAUCGGCGAGGUCGUCUCUAUCUUCUUGACUGCCGCACUGGGCAUGCCCGAGGCUCUGAUCCCCGUUCAGCUUCUCUGGGUGAACUUGGUCACUGACGGCCUUCCCGCCACUGCCUUGUCAUUCAACCCCCCUGACCACGACAUCAUGAGACGCCAGCCCAGGAAGCGUGACGAGCCCCUCAUCGGCGGCUGGCUCUUCUUCCGCUACCUUGUCAUUGGCACCUACGUCGGCGUGGCUACUGUUGCCGGUUACGCUUGGUGGUUCAUGUACAACCCUGAGGGCCCUCAGAUCAACUUCUCGCACCUCUCAAACUUCCACCGCUGCUCCAGCGACUUCCCUGAGAUCGGAUGCGAGAUGUUUGCGAACGACGCAGCCAAGUCCGCCUCUACUGUCUCGUUGUCGAUCCUCGUCGUUAUCGAGAUGUUCAACGCCAUGAAUGCUCUCUCUUCCAGCGAGUCUCUCCUGACUCUGCCUUUGUGGGCUAACAUGAAGCUGGUCUACGCCAUCACUCUGUCUAUGGCUCUUCACUUCGCCCUGCUCUACACCCCUUUCCUGCAGAGCCUCUUCUCCAUUCUGCCCCUGAACUGGAACGAAUGGAAGGCGGUGUUGUACAUCAGCGCUCCCGUCAUCCUCAUUGACGAGGGCCUCAAGGCUGUUGAGAGAUCGUUCUUCAGUCAGAAGAAGACGAUUGCGGCUUCCAAGGCCAAAAAGGAGGCUUAA